CUUCUCACCCAAGCAUUCGCAUCCCCAAGUGCCAUCCAAUCAUCCGCACCAAGAAUCCAUCAAGUUUCAUUCUUGGAUCGGCGAUGCAGACUCUGUCAGCACAAUCUUGCUCUGCUUCUUCGUCUUCUUUCACACAACACCACCAUGGACGCCGACGCCUGCCCAAUUCGGUGCGCUUGUCGCCCCGAGCUGCGGCGGCCACCAACUCCGCGCUGAUCAGCUCGCCGUCCAGCGCAGCCCGCAGCCCGGCAUACAUCCCUUCACCGGCGCCGACCAGGAAGGUGCCCGGCUACGAGUCCACCUCGCCGCCGGCACCCAUUGCCACGCCGGCGAGGAAUGGCGGCCAGGAGCAGAGCGCCAAGAGCCUCAACUUCUUCCAGCGCGCGGCGGGCGCGGCCCUGGACGCGUUCGAGUCCGGGUUCAUCCACAAUGUCCUGGAGCGGCCGCACGCGCUGCCCCGCACCGCCGACCCCGCGGUCCAGAUCGCCGGCAACUUCGCCCCGGUCGGCGAGCAGGCCCCGGUCCGGUCCCUCCCGGUCACCGGCCGCAUCCCGCCCUUCAUCAACGGCGUCUACGCGCGCAACGGCGCCAACCCCUGCUUCGAGCCCACGGCCGGGCACCACCUGUUCGACGGCGACGGCAUGGUGCACGCCAUCAGCAUCCGCAACGGCGCCGCCGAGUCCUACGCCUGCCGCUUCACCCAGACCUCCCGCCUCUCCCAGGAGCGCGCCGCGGAGCGGCCCCUCUUCCCCAAGACCAUCGGCGAGCUGCACGGCCACUCCGGCAUCGCGAGGCUCGCCCUGUUCUACGCGCGGGGGCUCUGCGGCCUCCUCGACCCGUCCCAGGGCGCGGGGGUCGCCAACGCCGGCCUCGUCUACUUCAACGGCCGCCUGCUCGCCAUGUCCGAGGACGACCUGCCCUACCAGGUCCGCGUCACCGCCGCCGGCGACCUCGAGACCGUCGGCCGCUACGACUUCGACGGCCAGCUCGGCUGCGCCAUGAUCGCGCACCCCAAGCUCGACCCGGCCACCGGCGAGCUCUUCGCGCUCAGCUACGACGUCAUCAACAAGCCCUACCUCAAGUACUUCUACUUCCACGCCGACGGCACCAAGUCCGCCGACGUCGAGAUCCAGCUCGACCAGCCCACCAUGAUCCACGACUUCGCCAUCACCCAGAACUUCGUCGUCGUGCCCGACCACCAGGUCGUCUUCAAGCUGGCCGAGAUGUUCCGCGGGGGGUCGCCCGUGGUGCUCGACAAGGAGAAGACGUCCCGGUUCGGCGUGCUGCCCAAGUACGCGAGGGACUCGUCGGAGAUGGUGUGGGUGGACGUGCCCGACUGCUUCUGCUUCCACCUCUGGAACUCGUGGGAGGAGGGCGACGAGGUGGUGGUCAUCGGCUCCUGCAUGACCCCCGCCGACUCCAUCUUCAACGACUCGGGCGAGGACCGACUCGAGAGCGUGCUCACCGAGAUCCGCCUCAACACGCGCACCGGCGAGUCCACGCGCCGCGCCAUCCUCUCCCCGGACGCCCAGGUGAACCUGGAGGUGGGCAUGGUGAACCGCAACAUGCUGGGCCGGAAGACCAGGUACGCGUACCUGGCCGUGGCCGAGCCGUGGCCCAAGGUGUCCGGGUUCGCCAAGGUGGACCUGGCCACCGGCGAGCUCACCCGGUUCGACUACGGCGAGGGCCGCUUCGGCGGCGAGCCGUGCUUCGUGCCCAUGGACGGCGAGCACGCGCGCCCCGGCGCCGAGGACGACGGCUACGUGCUCUCCUUCGUGCGCGACGAGGCCGCGGGGACGUCCGAGCUCCUCGUCGUCAACGCCGCCGACAUGCGGCUCGAGGCCACCGUGCAGCUGCCGUCCCGCGUACCCUACGGCUUCCACGGCACCUUCAUCGGCGCCGCCGACAUCGACGCCCAGCACUAACCGAACAUUAAUUCCCUUGGUUCUUUCGUUGAUCGCAUGCACAACCGCCAUUUCUCCGUGCUUCUCGGGGGCAGAGAAGCAGAGGAGGACGAGGAGACAGACGGAAAAAAUCACAACUUUGUUGGAGGGAAAAGCUUUACCAGAGGGAGCCCACAGAGGAGGUCCCCGGAAGCGGUUGCCCUGCCCCCAUGGCCGGUCCGAUACAGUUAGC